AUGGACGUGGACGCACGGGACCAGGAAUCUGAUGGUGAUACUGCCUCGGUUGUCGAGUCCUGCUCUAUUUGUCGGCGCCUAUGGGGGCUACUGACCAAGGCAGGCUCUGGCAGAGAGAAGAUACCGAUAGAAGACUUGAUCGAUCAGAAGCCGUGCAAUCAUCAUGAUCCAUUCAUAUCAUUUCUGAUAGGAGAGAUGCAUUCUCCUAAUGACACACGGAGAAUGCCCGAAGUACUCGUUACUUCACGUGAUGGAGAGGGCGGACAGAUGAAACGAGUACGAAUACCUCGGCAAUUCGGCCAGCGGCUUGAGGCAUGGCAGUACCUGUUCGUCGAAACGUCAACCGAGACCCAAGUCGUAUGCCGUGGACGUGAGCUUGAUAGUGAUUGGGUGGAAGUCGAGGUACUUCGUCAUUGGAUACAGGAAUGUGUGUCGAAGCAUGGCGAUUUAUGUUGCAACCCAUUUAAAAUCCAACACACUCAUCCUGCCUGGCUGAUAGAUGUCGUCAACAACUGUUUGGUCCCCGGAGAUGGAGUCGUCAACUAUGUCGCAUUGAGCUACAGAUGGGGCAGUACAUCGUUUCUCCAGACCGAACUAAGCAUAUUGAAUGAAAUUCAGCAACCAGGAGCCCUCUUGCAGCCCAAAUUUGCAAAUUUUGUUUCACCGAUGAUCCAGUAUGCCGCAAAGCUAAUAAACGUGCUGGGUGAGCGUUAUCUUUGGGCUGAUGCAUUGUGCAUUGUCCAGAAUGACAGUGAACAUUCCAAGCAACAAUUGUUGUUCAUGGGAGCCAUCUAUGCUUCGGCGAAGUUUACAAUUGUUGCGACAGAUGGAGAUGCUAAUCACGGAAUUCCUGGACUGAGGGGUAUCUCGCAGUCACGAAACCUGCGCCAAGAUGUCUUCUCUUUUGGAAGAGAAAAUAAAAUCAUUUUGCGCGAUCUGCCUCUGCUCUACAAUGCUGGGGGGUGGGAGGUUAAGGAGAGCUCGCCAUAUUUUAGUCGCGCCUGGACUUUUCAAGAAUUUUUUCUUUCAAAAAGACGUCUGAUUAUUGGAAACAAACAGUUCCAUUGGAGUUGUUCUACUGCAACUUGCCAUGAAGAACUUCUUGGCAGAGAUUCAAAUUCGCACGACACGACAGCAAAGUUUCAGACGCCAGAUAUAGUUUCCGGAAACCCAAACUUCGAUGAGCUUGUUCCUUUGUUCCGGGAAUACAUUUCCAGGGAUCUCACAUUUCCCGGAGAUGCCUUGGCAGGCGCUAGUGGCUUGAUUUCGAUACUGGCCCGUUCUUUCGUGGGAGGAUUCAUUUACGGCCUUCCGGAAAUGCGCUUUGAGUCUGCCUUGAUGUGGUAUGGUCAGCCCAAGGGCACGAAAAGACGCAUCCACUCGGGGCAAGAUCAUUCUAUCCUUCCGGGGUCGCAGCUUCCAUCCUGGUCAUGGUUAGGCUGGCAAACUUCGUAUCUCGAAUUUAUAGAUGAGAACUCUGGGGAGCUGUAUGACGACCGUCCUAUCAUAAUUCGCAUCACCCAAUGGUACAGCCAUGAGACUUCUAACUCGAGCACAAAGUUUGCAAUUCGAUCAACGCUUCUACACCGUGGAAGAGAUUCCCCGGGAAACGAUCUCGAUGAUCAAUCUGCACUUGCGCAGGGAUGGGAGAAAGAAGAGUUCGACCCGCAGAAGCAUAGUAACAAGCCAGACGGUCAUGAACAAGGACUUCUCAAACGUGGCAACUUUGUUUAUAAACAUUCAAGACUGCCUGGAAAACUAUUUUGGUUCCCAUUUCCUCUAGCUGAUUUCACUGAGAGCUCCAACAUGAACGAGCGACCGCAGCAUCCAUUCUUAUCCUGCAAAACAAGACGUGGAUGGUUUCGAGCCAAAAGAAAGUCCUACCACCUGUCCAUUCUGGGAAUCACUGGCGAUCGUGUUGGGAACGUUUGGGCGGAUUCUUUGGAAUCUCGGUCUGCAUUCAUGGAAAUGAUCAAUGUGGAGCUUGUCGCCAUUUGUCUACGGAGAUAUCCUCGGAAUGAAGCCAAUGAAGGUGAUAUUAUCGAGAAUCCGCAGUUCAUGGAGAAAUAUUGUGUCUUGUGGAUCGAAUGGAUUGGAGGUGUCGCGUAUCGGAAAGGUAAUGGACGGGUUGACAAGCUGGUCUGGGAAAGCCACGAUUUAAAAGAAGUGGACUUGGUACUAGGCUGA